GUUGACUUAAAGUUAAUUGUGAAUCUAUUUGUCAAUGAUAAUCAAUUGAUUGUCUAAAUUUAAAGAGGAGGUUCAACUGUUAAUUGUUGAUUGAGGUGUUGGUUCAGGUCAAAUUAAUUAAUCACUUUAAAUGAGAUGUAAACACAAUAAUGAAUAUAAAAAAAAGACUCAAAUUUGUAAAUACAAUUAACUUUUAAAAUGUCAAUCCAGUUGAUCACCGUUUAGAUUACAAUUAAAAACACAUUCUUGGCUUUUAUAUCAAACAAUUAAAUGCAACUUGAACCUUUCCGAUUAAAUAAUUAGACAAUUAAUUAUCUUACCAAAAGUAUUAAAGGUUAAUUGUGAAUUGAACUUGGAUGAUGUUGAUGGUGUUUUUUGUGUUUUGUAUUUGUCGUUGAUUGUCACAAGAAGACAAAGUGAUCUUAAUCGUUCCAAUUACGAAAUUCAAUUCCAAUGGACACACAACAACAAUUAACCAUUUUCGACAAUUGAUUUCAAUUAAAGUACACGAAGAAAAAAAUAUUAAUCGUUGAUUAAAUGGGAGAAAGUCAAAAAACGAUCCACCUAAAUAACCACAAUUAGUUACCAGAAAUUAAAGAAGAUGAAGAAAGUGAAUGAGUGAGUGAGAGAGAGAGGAAGAUGAAGAUGAAGGAGGGAAUUAAUUUAAACAUAGUGACAUAAUUACUUACAUUAGAUGAUUUUUAGUUAAUUACAGUGAUUAAAACAAAAACAAUCGAAACUUCAUCUUAAAUAAUCAGCAUAAAGGGUUGGGUUUAUGAGUCGAAAUGAAUUUUUUUCCUGUUUACUUUUCAACCUUCUUUGUGUGUUGAUUGUUGUUAAUUGUUUGCAAUUGAGAUAAUUUUGUAUAAAAUGGAUUAACUUGAUUACGAAUUUCAUCAGAAUUCAAUCAAUCAUUGAUAGUUAAACAUCUCAUCUUUGGAUACAACAAAUCAACAGUUAAAAGAGUUUCAAAUCAACAAACUAAAACUUUUAUCAUUCUUUAAUUUUCUUCUAAUUGUUUUACAAUUUAAGUUGUUAAUUUCUAAUAAAAAUCUAUUACCUUUAAAAGAUCAAUUCAAUUCAUCAUGUUUAUCAAUCUUAAAUCUGUGUUAAUUUGUGUUACCAGUGUUAUCUUGGUAAUGAUUUGUUUAGAUUGUGCCUCAGCUACUGGACACGGCGACGGAGGUCAUAGUAACAUUUUCCGUAAACAAGAAUCAACUAAAGGUCAUUCUCAUUACGCUUUCGGUUACGACAUUAAGGAUCCAUGGGGAGCAACCAACUUCCGUAAAGAGAAAGGUGAUUUCACCAAGAAAGACGGUUGGGUCGAAGGUGUUUAUGGAUUGAAGGACAAAGAUGGACGCGCUCGAUUGGUCAAAUAUGUCGCCGAUAAGAAUGGUUUCAAUGCUGAGAUCAAGACCAACGAACCAGGUACAAGUGAUGCCGAUACUGCGGCUGCAACUUACAAUGGUGCCGAUGGUAAUAAAGGUAAAUGGAGCUACGAUGUUUCCGUUAAGGACAGUGGAAAGUCAAAGGGUAAAGACUCUUGGAGCGCCGCUGCUUCAGAAUUGAAGAUUUUCUCAAUUAAACCAAAACAAUCUGAGGAAUAUGUUCAAUCACCACAAUCGGAAGAUUCCGAAUCACCAGCUGAUUACUAUCCAGCAGAAUAUGAGGCCAGGUCAUCACCUCCAUCGUCUUCACUUGGACCUGCCGAUGAUGAAUAUCAAUACGAACCUCAAACCAAACAAGCUCAAGUUAAGAAAUUAAAACUUUACCUUAAGCCCCAAUACGAUUACUAUUACGGUUCACCUGCUGAAGAAAGUGCUUGAAAAAAGCCAAUAACCGAUUAUUAUUAUUCUCGAUUAUUAAU